GGCAACACUGCGAGAGAGGGCGCUGCAAGUCGGUGCUUAGUGAUCUGACUUACUCAAUCGCUAGAGAGCUAAGCUACGGUAUUGGGUAGUUCUCGUAGAAUGGCGCAGUCAGUGCGGAUCGGCGUGGACGUCGGUGGAACAAACACCGACGCGGUGUUAAUCGACCUGGGCCAGCGAGAGACAGCGUCUCGUGGCAUUCUCUCAUCUCACAAGGCACCAACGUCCCCCGACGUCACCACUGGCAUCCAAGAAGCCAUUAACACGGUCCUCCGGGACUCUCACGUGGCUCCGGAAAAUGUGGCCUCUGUCACUAUUGGUACAACUGCCUUCCUGAACUCUGUGUUGGAGCAAGACGCUCGCCGUCUAAGCAAGGUUGCGAUUAUCCGAUUGUCGAAAUCGUUCCUGCGCGAUGUGAAGCCGUUUUCCGAGUGGCCAGCGGGACUGGCCAGUCUCAUUAAUGGAUAUGUCGGGUACAUCGAUGGCGGCCUCCAUAUUGACGGGUCUCAAGAGGCACCGGUCGUCGAAUCGCAGGUCGUUCGGGAGUGUGAGAACAUCAAGGCGCUGGGUUUAACAACUGUUGUCGUCGCUGGCGUUUACUCGCCCAUUGAUGAGGUGUUCCGACAGGAGGAGACGGUGCGGGAUAUUAUCGCCCGCGAGAUUCCGGGGGCAGAUGUCGUGUGUUCGAAGGAGAUCGCGAAUAUAGGGUUCCUGGAACGGGAAAAUGCUGCUAUCCUUAACGGCGCCAUCUUGAGAUACGCACGCCAAACAAUCCGACGCUUCCGUCGCGCGAUGAAAUCCCUUCAUCUGCAGUGCCCGCUGUUUCUGACGCAGAAUGACGGCACCAUUAUUGACGCGACUAGUGCAGCAAAAACACCCAUCCGCACCUUCAAUUCCGGAGCUACGAACUCCAUGCGCGGCGCCGCAUAUCUGGCCGGAGAGGAUCUAGCUAAUAAGUCCACCAUUGUCGUUGAUAUUGGUGGCACCACGACCGAUGUUGGGGUUCUUCUUCCGUCUGGACUCCCACGUCAGGCGUCUGCUUAUGUGAAAGCAGCGGGCAUCAAGGUGAACUAUUCCAUGCCCCAUUUGUAUUCUGUCGGACUGGGUGGAGGAUCCAUUGUCCGUGAUGGACAGAGAGGCGCCAAGAAAGGGGCUGUCACUGUUGGUCCAGACUCCGUUGGGCAUCGACUGCUCACGGAAGGUCUGGUAUUUGGUGGAAAGACUCUGACGGCAACUGAUAUUGCUGUUGCCGGUGGUCAGUGUGUCGUCGGUAAUGCGGAGUCCGUUAAGCAAGUGACUUCUGAGUUGGUUUCUGCGUCUCAGACACGGAUCAAACAGAUCUUGGAACGGUCAAUUGACCUCAUGAAGACCUCGCCGGAGCCAUUGCCAGUGCUCCUUGUCGGAGGAGGUGCUGUCCUGGCUCCUGCAGAGCUAGAGGGUGCAUCCAAACUCAUCAACCCGCCGUUCUUUGAUGUGGCGAACGCGGUCGGUGCAGCAUGCGCCAAGGUUGGUGGAACGGUCGAUAAGAUCACCAGCAUCGCGAACCAGUCCAUCAAGGACGCUGUUGAAGAGGCUAAGAAGGCUGCCAUUGAACGAGCUAUUCAAGCUGGCGCAGUGGAGGAUAGCGUCUUCAUUGCCGAGGUUGAAUCCAUGCCUAUUCCCUAUAUUUCCAAUCAGUUGAGAACGGUGGUCAAGGCAAUCGGGAAUUUAGAUACCGAGAGGUCGAUGAGCAUGUUCGUUGACAAUGACGAUGGCCCCGUGGAGGAGGAUACUAUAAUUGAGAGCCCCAGGACUACCGAACACCUGGAAGUGCCCGAAGUGAUCCCAGUAGACCAUCUUACCUACCGUCCUAAUGUUGUCUUCAACGAGACGGCUGGCCGGCACGAAUGGCUUCUGACGGAAACCGAUCUGAACUACGUCGCAGACGGCGCGUAUGUCCUCGGCUGCGGUGGCGGAGGAAGUCCAGAUGCAGGCCGCAUCCAACUACAGGAAAUGCUCCGUCAAGGCUACAAAAUCCGGUGCAUUGAUCAUUCCGUCCUGCCGGACGAAGCGCUAGUCUACUGGGGAGGACGUAUGGGAUCACCGGCAACGACGGUGGAGCGCCUCCAAGCCCACGAAACGGUCGAUGCCAUCGGCCAGCUCAUGCAUUAUAUGGGUCACAAAUCCUUUGAUGCCGUGAUGGGCCUCGAAAUCGGCGGUUCAAAUGGUCUCGAAGCCUUCCAAUGGGGCUCGGAUCGAUUCUACGACCGCCCGGUGAUCGACGCGGACUUUAUGGGCCGCGCAAAUCCCAUGAUCUGGCAGACUACAAUGGCCGUCUAUCGGCCCGGGGAACUCACACCAUGCGCGAUUGAUUCUGGCGAUGGAAGGUCUGUCAUCAUGCCCCGAGCGGGAGAUGAUGAGAUGGUCGACCGCGUGCUCCGUGCUGCUUUGACCGAAAUGGGUUCCUUAGUUGGUCUAUCAGCUCGCCCGACAAAUGGUGCGGCUGUAAGGGAAUUCGCCAUUUUGAAUACAGUGUCACUAUCAUGGAGAAUUGGGAGGGCCAUUGCCCAGGCUGCUCAAUAUAGUACACUUCUCACAGUUCCAGAAGCCAUCAUUGCUGAAGCCGGAGGACCCCAAUCCGCCAAGGUCCUAUUCCGAGGCAAGAUCUCUGGAAUCGAGCAAACAGUAUACAAAGGCCAUUCAUACGGCGAGCUCAUUAUCACCGAAGUCCCCAUCGAGGAUGAUGACCAGGCCACAAACCAGAAUUGCUCCGCUGCGGUUGCGCAAGGCGGGCACAUCCGCAUUCCGUUCAAGAACGAGAACAUCUACGCCGAGCAUCAUGCCACCGAUGGCUCGAAGAAGAUCAUUGCCAGCGUGCCGGACCUCAUUUGCAUCUUGGACAAGGAAUCGGGCAAGCCGAUCGGUGUGCCGGAGUAUCGGUAUGGCUACCAGGUGGUGGUGCUGGGAUUAGCCUGCUCUCCACAUUGGUCCAAGACGGAACGGGGCCUUGAGAUUGGUGGACCGAAGGGCUAUGGAUAUGAUUUCGCAUAUGAGUCGUUGGGCGAGUAUGUUGAGCCCAGGAGUGUGAUUGAUGAGUUCAAGGAGGUUAAUUAGGCCGCGCGCAACAUGUCUUACUAUAGAAUUCCUUAAUAUUAGCGUCAAUGAAUCCUUUUAGGUCUUUUGUUAGACAACUUCCCCACUUAAAAGACGAUAUGGACUUAUGGAGUCAUGGACUUGCGAUAUCUAUCCGAGAUCAUUGAAGUGGAGAAUCGGAGCCGUUCAUCCACAAGAGGUUUAUCCGCUCGGAUGGACGUUGAUCCGACAAUUCCUCUUACAUACAUUCCAAACAUUACAAACACUCUAAACAUUCCAAUGCAGACUAGACUUUGAGUCACAUGAUCCCUCUUCAAGGGCAAAAGCAACCUUUUAAAGGAAAACAAAAUAAGUAAAAGUCGAACGAAAUGGAGAUAUUGAGGGUUAAGUAAGUCGCUAACUGGC